UCUAUGCAAAGAGGCUGAAAUCCGGCCUCAAGAGAAGAAAUUUCGAUUUCUCUAAUCUGUUUUUGAUUCAAUCCCUUGCUAAUCUAGGGCUUUCGUGUCCAGGGUUUAGGGGUUAUGAUUCUGAUUUCAGGGUUUUAGAUUUUCUUUCUUUUUUUUUAGAUUUGUUGUUUUGAUUGUUCUUUUGAAAUACCAAACAUUAGGGUUUCAUUGCUUGAAUUCGAAGCCAUUGAGGGCGAUUAGCUUGAGAUGGCACCCGCUCAGGCAUCGAUUGUUGUCGAACAAGAGAAAAAAUCCGAGCUUGCAGUCAAGGAUGAGCCCAAAGAUGCGAAUGAGGAUUCUUUUGGUGGUCUGACGAAGGUGGACGAGUGUUUGGAGGAUGUAGAAGUUGAUGUUCUUGAAUCUGUUGAUGGGGAUGAUUUGGAGCUUUUUCAAGGUGAGGAUUUGGACCCUGAUGCUACUGAGCAUUCAAGCUCCUUUGGGGACACACUAUCAGGGUCAGACAAUGAGCUUUGUUCAAGCUCAGGUGAUAUGGAAGUGGAUUCAGGAAUGCGUGCCAUGGAGCAGCAAACUCUUUCCAAUGGAUUCCAAAGGCUUUUCAGGAAGAAAAAAUUAAGUGAUCAUUGGAGAAACUUUAUACGUCCUCUUACGUGGAGGUGUGAAUGGAUAGAAUUACGAAUGAGUGAAUUAUACUCUCAAGCUCAAAAGUAUGAUAAGGAACUAGUGAAAUAUCUGCAUAAAAAGCAGUUAAGAUCAACAAUGGUUGAAUUAGAUGGUUCCGUGUCUAGGGCAGUUCCCUUGGCUUGUCUUAACUGCCAAAAACAAGCAAUGAAGAGGAGAAGAAGGAAAAGGAAUGAAGACACAGUUGACAUUUCAUCAUAUAUGUCACACCACAAUUUAUUCUCCUAUUAUGAAAACAAAAGAUCGGACAUGAACUGUUAUUCCAUUGCUGAUGAUUGCGGUGAUCCAGUUGACCAGAAAAACAUAAGCAGAGAUGCUUUUGAAACUCUUAAUGAGUGGUUAAUGUUAGGAGGUAAGGAUACAACUCAGGAGCAAAUUCUGUUGAAUAUCGAAGCUGUUCAUGCCCGUAUUCGUAAGGUGAAGGUUCGGCUUGAAGAUUUGAUGAAGGCCAACAAUCAGGAGCUGCCUUUGAGCCAAGAAUUUGUUGGCCCAGGAAACCUAUCUAAUAGUGUUGCUAGAAGUCUUUAUAGUUCUCCUGGACAUAAUGAAGACGCAUUGUUGCAUGAAACACCACAUACUCCGAAAAACCAUGUGCCUGAGUAUGAGUCGGAUGUCGUUUGGCCAGGUAGCACUGUAUCAAGCUAUGGAGAUGACAUUGUUGAAAACACUAUGGACUUAUUUUCUGCUGCGCACUCAGAUCAACAUUUUGUAGACUCAUGCAAAGAUAGCAUUGAUGAAGUUUUGAUACACAACCAGGCAGCUGAGGAAGAUCAACAGAACUUCGAUGUCGGUAAUGCAAAGGAACAAAGUCCAGAGCAGGUAAAGGAAAGAAGCCGAGUCUUCCUCAUCCCAGGAAGGGAGUGCAAACCCAGCAGCUUCUGGUAAUGAGAAUGAUAAAGCAGAUAAUUUGCUAGAAUCACCUGUGAUAAAACCCUGUCAUUGUGAAAAGAAAAAGGGCCGAAAGCCGAAGAGAAAGCGGAAAGUUGGAUUUAGUGGAACUUCAAAGAGUCGAAGGCUUCAAAAGCGGAGAUUGACACAAUGAACUAGUUCUUCUUGCUUUCAGAAAAGUAAUCACAAAUAAAGAAAGAAAAAACAACACUUUGUUCUGGUCACAUAAAAGAAAAGCUAUCUUGCUUUCAUUUAUAAUAUUCUCAUUGUAUUGUUUUCAUCAGGUGAAUGCUAGCAUUGUGCUUUGAAAGUUCCCAUGUGAUCUAGUUUGUGCACAUCUCUGUCAUAGUUUGUGCACACUGA